GUAGAGAAAGAAACACAUGACCGUAAAGAGUGAGAUUGGGGCGGUGGGAAGGACAGUGAGUGAGUGAGUAUCUUCAAACGUUCCCACGCUACGCUACCCUGCCGUCUCAGUCUCACUAACUUAAUUCACUUCCACUUUUUUCUUCUUAUUCUCAAUAAGCUAUUACUAUUACUCAAUAAGCGAUUAUAAAUACUACAAAUGAAUGCACUUACAUUAUAACUUAUUUUUACCUGAAAACUCAAAACCAGUUUAGUGAAGUAUGGAAGUGAAUAAGAGUGAGAAAAAUCAAACAACAAGUUUGAUUUUUUGUGUUAAUGGUGAAAAAUUUGAGCUAUCCAAAGUUGACCCAUCAACCACUUUGAUUGAAUUCUUGCGUACUCAAACUCGCUUCAAGAGUGUUAAACUCGGUUGUGGUGAAGGUGGUUGUGGUGCUUGUGUAGUUUUAAUCUCAAAAUAUGAUCCUUUAGUUGACAGAGUCGAGGAUUUUACGGCAAACUCUUGUCUCACACUACUUUGUAGCAUACAUGGAUGUUCAAUAACAACAAGUGAAGGCAUUGGAAAUAGCAAACAAGGAUUGCAUCCAAUUCAUGAAAGAUUUGCAGGAUUCCAUGCUUCUCAAUGUGGCUUUUGUACCCCUGGAAUGUGUGUUUCACUCUUCGGGACUCUUGUUAAUGCCGAGAAGAAGACUAAUUGUCAAGAGCCACCUUCCGGGUUCUCAAAAGUUACUGUUUCUGAGGCUGAAAAGGCUAUUGCAGGGAACCUUUGUCGCUGCACUGGUUAUCGGUCCAUUGCUGAUGCCUGCAAAAGUUUUGCUGCUGAUGUUGAUAUGGAGGAUUUGGGGUUGAACUCUUUCUGGAGAAAAGGAGAAAGCAAGGACUUACAGCUUAGUAAAAUGCCUCGAUAUGAUCACCAGCACAAGAAUGUUAAAUUUCCUAUAUUUUUGAAGGAAAUAAAGAAUGAUUUGUUCAUAGCCUCUGAGAAACACAGUUGGCACAGGCCCACCAGUAUAAAGGAGCUUCAGAACAUUUUGAAUUUAAACCAUGCCAAUGGAGUCAGGAUAAAAGUUGUCACGAAUAAUACUGGUAUGGGAUAUUACAAAGAUAACGAAGGCUAUGAUAAAUAUAUUGAUUUGAAGGGCAUUUCUGAGCUCUCAAAGAUCAGAAAGGAUCAAUCAGGGAUUGAAAUUGGAGCAGCAGUAACCAUAUCUAAAGCUAUUGAAGUACUAAAGCAGCAAAGCAAGAGUGACUUUAUCUCAGACUUUGUAAUGAUACUUGAAAAGAUUGCUGACCAUAUGAGUAAAGUUGCCACUGGGUUUAUUCGGAAUACAGCCAGUGUAGGUGGCAAUUUGGUGAUGGCACAAAAGAACAAUUUUCCCUCGGAUAUUGUUACAAUACUACUUGCAGUGAACUCAAUGGUUCAUAUAAUGAAUGGCACACAAUUUGAAUGGAUAACAUUGGAGGAAUUUCUGGAAAGACCACCAUUAAGUUUGGAAAGUAUACUUUUAAGCAUUAAAAUUCCAAGUUUGGAAACUAUUAAAAGUACGUCUUCGGAACGAAGAAAUAGAUUCCACUUUGAAACUUACCGAGCUUCUCCUAGACCGCUUGGAAAUGCCCUUCCAUACUUAAAUGCUGCUUUCCUUGUUGAGGUGUCUCCAAGUGAAAAUUCUGGUGGGUCCAUGAUAGAUGCUUGUAGGCUGUCUUUUGGUGCUUGUGGGAAUAAGCAAGCAAUCAGAGCAAAAAAUGUUGAGGAGUUUUUAAUAGGAAAGAUGUUAACUGUUGGCAUUGUGUAUGAAGCUGUCAAUUUGAUUACAGCCACUAUUGUACCUAAAGACGAAAACACAAAAACAACUUACCGUUCAAGUUUAGCAGCUGGUUUUGUUUUUCAGUUUUUUAACUCUCUAAUUGAAAAUUCUGAUGGAGAGACCAACUUUUACGUAAACGGAUAUUCUAAAAGGCCUUAUGUGAAGGAUUUUGAAUUGGAAGAGAAUCAGAAGCUGGUCCAUCAUGAAAAAACUCCAACAUUAUUGUCAUCUGGGAAGCAAGUCCUUGAAGCAGGAAAUGAAUAUCACCCCAUUGGAAAGCCAAUCAUUAAAUCGGGAGCUGCACUUCAAGCUUCAGGAGAGGCUGUAUUUGUGGACGACAUUCCUUCACCACCAAAUUGCCUGCAUGGAGCAUAUAUUUAUAGUGAAAAACCAUUGGCAAGGGUAAGGAGUAUAAAACUCAGCUCUGAAUUGCAGCUGGAUGGAGUGAAAGACAUCAUUUCAAGUAAAGACAUUCCCAGUGGUGGGGAAAACAUUGGAGCAAAGACAAUAUUUGGCACAGAACCUUUAUUUACAGAAGAGAUUGCCAGAUGUGUUGGAGAACGUCUAGCCUUUGUGGUUGCAGAUAGUCAGAAACUUGCAGAUAUGGCAGCAAACUCGACCAUUGUCGAUUACGAUAUUGAAAAUCUUGAACCACCUAUUCUAUCUGUUGAAGAUGCUGUUAAAAGAUCAAGCUUUUUUGAAGUUCCUCCUUUUCUCUACCCAAAACAUGUUGGUGAUAUAUCAAAAGGAAUGGCAGAAGCUGAUCGCAAGAUUCUUUCUGCUGAGAUGAAACUUGGGUCUCAAUACUAUUUCUAUUUGGAAACACAAACUGCACUUGCUGUGCCAGAUGAAGACAAUUGCAUUACAGUUUACUCUUCAAGUCAAUGCCCUGAGUUCACUCAUUCUACUAUUGCAAGAUGCCUUGGUAUUCCUGAAAGUAAUGUUCGAGUAAUAACAAGAAGGGUUGGAGGAGGUUUUGGAGGAAAGGCCAUAAAAUCAAUAUCUACUGCUACAGCUUGUGCACUCGCUGCACAGAAAUUAUGCCGCCCUGUCAGGAUGUAUCUAAAUCGAAAGACUGAUAUGAUAAUGGCGGGAGGAAGGCAUCCCAUGAAGAUAACAUACAGUGUCGGGUUUAAGAAUGAUGGGAAAAUCACUGCAUUGGAGCUUGAGAUAUUGAUCAAUGCUGGUAUAUAUGUUGAUAUAAGUGCAGCAUUGCCACUUAGCAUAGUUGGUGGACUAAAAAAGUAUGACUGGGGUGCGCUAUCUUUUGAUAUAAAGGUAUGCAGAACAAAUCUUCCCAGUAGAUCUGCAAUGAGGGGCCCCGGGGAACUACAGGGAUCAUUCAUUGCUGAAGGUAUAGUAGAAAAUGUUGCAGCUACACUUUCAAUGGAUGUAGAUUCUGUGAGAAGCAUUAAUCUUCACACACACACAAGUCUUCAGUCAUUCUAUGAGCAUUCUUCAGGCGAACCUUUUGAGUAUACCUUGCCUUCAAUAUGGAGUAAGUUAGCCGUUGCUGCAAAUUAUGAACAAAGAAUCAAGAUGGUGAAAGAGUUUAACAGAAUUAGUACUUGGAAAAAAAAGGGAAUUUCUCGAAUACCAGUUGUUAUUCAACUGACUCUAAGACCAACUCCUGGAAAAGUGAGUAUUCUGUCGGAUGGUUCUGUUGUUGUUGAAGUUGGUGGAAUUGAAAUUGGUCAGGGUCUCUGGACAAAGGUUAAACAAAUGGCUGCAUUCGCCCUCGGUACAAUUCAAUGUGAUGAUGGAACUGGAAGUCUCUUGGACAAAGUAAGGGUUGUACAAGCUGAUACAGUGAGCUUGAUUCAAGGGGGAUUCACUGCUGGGAGUACUACAUCAGAGGCAAGCUGCGAAGCAGUUAGGCUUAGCUGCAAUAUCUUGGUUGAAAGGUUGAAGCCUCUCAAGGAAAAGCUGCAGGAAGAAAUGGGCUCUAUCAAGUGGGAGACACUUAUUCUUCAGGCAUACAUGCAAUCUGUGAACUUAUCAGCGUCUUCAUUUUACGUACCCAGCAAUAACUCGAUGAUGUACGUUAAUUAUGGUGCUGCAGUAAGUGAGGUGGAAAUAGAUCUUCUGACUGGUGAAACCAAAUUUCUUCAAACGGAUAUUAUCUAUGAUUGUGGACAAAGUCUCAACCCUGCUGUGGAUUUAGGACAGAUUGAAGGAGCUUUUGUCCAGGGAUUGGGGUUCUUCAUGCUUGAAGAAUAUGAAACAGACAUUAAUGGUUUAUCGUUGGCAGAUGGCACAUGGAACUACAAAAUCCCUACAAUAGACACUAUCCCUCAACAGUUUAAUGUUGAAAUUUUCAACAGUGGACAUAACCAGCAUCGUGUGCUUUCCUCAAAGGCUUCUGGCGAGCCGCCCCUACUUCUAGCAGCUUCAGUUCACUGUGCCACAAGAGCAGCUAUCAAAGAGGCAAGGAAACAGCUUCUUUCAUGGCGCAACUUGGAUGAACCUGAUUCAACAUUUGAGUUACGGGUUCCUGCAACCAUGCCUGUGGUAAAGGAACUCAUUGGACUAGACGUUGUAGAAAGAUAUUUGAAAUGGAAGAUGAGCAGGGUGUAAAAGGGUGCGGUUAUCAUGCAUAAGGCAUCCUUAUGCACCCUGCAUAAAUCCCAGCCCAUUAACCGGUAGCCCAACAUAAUUGUUUCAUACACCCCAACCCAUUUUGUCAUACACCCCCAAGCGAAACCAAACGAAACGAAAUCAAAACAACACAGGAAGCAUCAUCCAUCCAUUCCUCUAAAUUCUUCAAUGCUACCUUCUUAUGGAAAUGCAACUUUCUUAUUCAUUUUACGAGGAACAAAUCAUUUCAAGGGUCUAUUUUGCUGGAUAUUUACAUCACAAAUUUUGGUAUAUGCUUUGUUCAUCAAGUUCUUCUGCUGCAUAACAAAUUCAAUUACAAGCCAAAAAGUGGUGAUUCACCCAAAAAAAAUAGUAAUAUGUGGUCUUUUAAUAUCACAAAUAGUAGUGGACUGGAAUAAUUUGAGGUAUACAUACAAACAAUAAUACACAGGCUAGCUCAGAAGGGUAGCUUUUGCAACAAAGGAAAAGGAUAAGCUGGAUAGCAGAGUAGAUUCUAUGCAAUAUUGUCAUGCUGAACUUCUGUUGUAUAAUUUUUUCUAUAUAUAUGAUGCAUCUUACGGCAAUAUUUUAGAUAUUAUGUGAGGUAUUAUUGUUCAUAAGGUGUAAAUUAAGUGAAAAGAGUUUUGCUAUUAUUAUUCAUUAAUAAAAUUGUUAAAGUGAGGUCCAUCUCUUCGGAA